UCAAUUAGUCAAUUAAAUGACUUGAAAUUCUUCAGAGAUCUAUCAAACAUGCAAGCUUUUGCUCUUGCGAUGGAUUAGAAAAUGGCGAUUUUUUGCAUCCCUUGUUGUCGGUUGUGGAAGUUCGAAAAAGGUUUUGUAACAAAUCGACACGACGAACAUUUAAUUUAACUCUCAACCAUCAACAUAGGUAUUGUUGGUUUUCAACUGAGAGCUUUCAACGACCCUUACUGCUACAUCAUGGGUUUCAUUGAGCGUGCACUCAUCUGGGUUUCUCUUCUGACGUUAGUUUGUGGAUUGACUGGAAAGAAACCUAAUAUCGUAUUUAUCCUGACGGAUGAUCAAGACGUAACAAUGGGUGGAAUGACCCCGUUGGUGAAUACAGUCAGUCUCAUUGGCAAGCAAGGAAUGACAUUUAACAACAUGUUUACAACCAGCCCUUUGUGUUGUCCAAGUCGAUCCAGUAUUCUAACAGGGAACUACGUUCACAACCACAACGCAGUGAAUAACUCCAUAUCUGGCAACUGUAACAGCAAGGCGUGGCAGGAUGGUCCAGAAAAGAAGACCAUUGCAACGUACCUUAAAGCUAUGGGAUAUUCAACAUUCUUUGCAGGGAAAUAUCUCAAUCAGUACGGAGUCACUAAAGUUGGGGGAGUUGCACAUGUACCGCCCGGCUGGGAUGAGUGGAAUGGCCUGGUGAAGAACUCUGUGUAUUACAACUACACUCUGUCAGUGAACGGUAAAGCUGAAGAACACGGUGACGAUUACACCAAGGACUACUUGACAGAUCUCAUUAACAGGCGUUCAAAUGAGUUUUUGAAGAAGCAGAGUGAGACGACCCCGCCCUUCUUUGCUAUGGUGUCCACACCGGCCGCCCACGCCCCUUUCGACUCCGCUCCUCAAUAUGAACAGAACUUCACAAAAAAUUCCGCCCCGAGAGGACCAACUUUUAAUGUUGCUGGAAAGGACAAACAUUGGCUGAUUAGGCAUGCACCCAACCCAAUGUCUAAAAUCUCUAUCAGUACACUCGAUGAUGUCUUCAGAAAAAGAUGGAGGACACUUCUCUCUGUGGAUGACAUGGUGAAGAGUAUUGUAGCCACACUGACGACUCAGAAGAUCAUAGAUUCAACCUACAUCAUCUUCUCAUCGGAUAAUGGAUAUCAUCUAGGUCAGUUCUCGCUUCCAAUGGACAAACGCCAACUGUAUGAGUUUGACAUCAGAGUACCUCUUCUCAUUCGUGGUCCUAAUAUCAAACCAGGCUCUGUUACCGACAGCCCUGCGCUUAACAUUGAUAUCAUGCCAACGAUCAUACAGUUAGCUGGUGACCCAGCCCCUGAAGAUGUUGAUGGGCUUUCACUGGUACCUAUUUUGAUCCCGAACACGACUAAUGUAGUUGAGCUGACAAAUCGUGAUACUCUCAUCGAACACAGCGGAGAAUAUUAUCCAAAUGGUUAUCCUGGUUGUCCUAAAACGGAGUUCCUCACGGGGGAAUGUCGGAGUAAAAUACUGGUACUGCCCGCUAGGGAUUUCUUGGUUGAACACGAAGGAGAGUGGUUACCAAAGGGUGAUUUUGGUUGUAAAAAUACCAACUUCUGUACACAAUGCUCACCAAACUGCGUUUGUGAAGAUUGUCAGAACAACACAUAUGGCUGUUUACGAAGCAUGAACAUUAAGACCGACUAUGUGUACUGUGAAUUCAGCGACCAUGAGUCGUUCCAGGAGUACUACGAUCUAGUCAAGGAUCCACAUCAGUUAACAAACACAAUCAAAUCUAUACCACCAACUAAGCUAGCAGAUAUGCACAAACGCCUUAUCCUCUUGCAACUGUGCAAGGGCAGCAACUGUCGUAAACUACUCCCCCCUGAUGAUGCCCCGCCCCAAAAGGGGUAGAUUAGAGGUCAGCGAGCGUACAGCAGGGACCUUGGAAGGUCAGAGGUCAAGAAAAAAAUGUACUUUAUAUAAUUGGCUCAUACUAACUUAAUUACCAGCUGUUUAUUUCACCAAACUUUUCCGAACUUAGGAUUAAUCUUAGAACGAGUUAAGUUCCAUUCAUAAAUGCUACGGCCACAUUGAACCUAUCCUAAGUUAGGAUGAGUUACUCACCAGUCCUAACGGGAUAUGUAGGAUUAAUCCUAGCGUUUCGUGGAAUCGGCUGCUGUACUCCCCCGCCCACAAGUUGUGGGUUACAUCACCAAAAAAGUAUAGUCUGACAUUUGAUUAAGAAGUAAAUCGGUACAUUGUUAGUGUAAUAGGUUUGUAUGUUUUGGACGCCAUCAGAAAGCUGUUUUGUUUACUCGAGAAAUUAAUAAUCCUAUGAUUAUAAAAUAUCACUGAGGCUAAACCUCACUAAACCUCAAGACUCAUCUAUGACUCAAAAGCUGUUUUACCCAAAAAUGUAUUCCCUAAGCAAAAAUUUGUCAGGUACCAGAGUUAUGACAUGCUUGCUUUGCACAGAUUGUUUCAAUGCUUAGCUUUUUAAACCCAACGAGUUUAGAUUUCAAAAAAUGCUCUCUUGAAGCUGUUAAACAGAAAAUUUAUUUGCUACAGUAAUAACAAAAUAUUUGAAUACCAAUCACAACAACCUAAACCUUGUGAUAUGUCAAUGGUAACUUAUUUGCUUCGUACUUUGUUUUACUGAGAAUUGUUUCCACCGUGUCUAGAUUUUGCAAAAUGUCAAAAUUUAUCUUAUCUUCUUAAAGCUGUUAAAAUUUAUUUCCUUCAGUAAAAAAAAUGGUUUGAAUACCAAUCACAACAACCUAAACCUUGUGUUAUUUUAACUGGUAACUUAUAUUUGCUUUGUAUUUUUUGUUUGUUGAGCUUUUUUAACCCACCGAGUCUAGAUUUUGCAAAAUGACAAAAUUAGUUUUAUCCUCCUGAGGCUUUUAAACAGAAAGUUUAUUUCCUACAGUAAAAAAAUGAUUUGAAUACCAACCACAACAAUCUAAAUCUUGUGAUAUUUCAACUGCCAACCAAUUUUUUCACAGGUUUUCGUGCUAAUUUUGUUUUUAUCCUACAGGCUUUAUGAAAUUAAGUUCUAUAAUUGAGCUAAGUCUGUUGGUCACUCUAAAAUGAACAAAAAAGUAUUUGUGUUAUUGAUAACCCUAACCAAGACGUAGGUCAGGUUAUUUGUGAAAGUUGAAGCGGACCAAAAAGAUAAGUCAAAUUUCUUCCAUGAAAAUAUCAAAUAAUUUCAUACUUUUUGACAAAGACAUGUCAUAAUUUUUUUUGGUUAAAUUAAAUUGUCUUCAAAGAAAAGGAUGAGUCAAAACAAAAUUCAACAUUUUUUAGGUGUUCAGAGCUCGAAAAAUUUCAUGUUUCUGUUUGUAUUUUUUUUUUUAUUGGCAGGCACUUAAAACAAAUUUUGAGUUUACUUUUUGGCUCUUUGUGUCAAAUAUUUGAAGAUUGUUAUCAAAACUUUUGUUUGCCUAAUGUGUCCAAAUGGUUUUUUUGAUUCUUUGAACUGAAUUUUUUGGGGGGGAUUUGGCAUUUUUUGGGGGGUCACCUGUUCUAUUUUAUUUCUUCUAAUAUAUUCAUCUAAGAUAUUUAUAUACAAAAAUAUAAAAAGCAUUGUAUUUUGGGUAAAAGUUUUAAAUCAGAGCCAUUACUAUUGUCUAUGCAAAGAGUUAUACAAGGGUGUAUUAAAUAUGCUGCUAUUUUUCUUUA